GGGCUUUGGCAAAACACGAAAAGACCCCACAAUGUGACAGUGCUGCUUUCAAUCCCAAUGGCAAAAUUUAGGCUAAAAUAGCCGGCCGGAGUCUAUAGAAGUUUUGUAGAAUUUUCUCAAAUCUGCUAUUUUUAGCCUCAGUUUUGCCAUUCCAAUUUCUAUUCCCUAAAAUCCAGUGUUUAGAAAGCAGUACCUGUGACUCCUCUGUUAUCCUUUAUGUAGAGGGGGGUGAUGCUGUCGGAGGGCAGUCACAGUGCAGUUAUCAGGGGGUACUUACCUGGGUCGAUGAGCACAGUUAAAUUAUCCGGACUUUUCUUGCCCUUGGACGGGGCUGCAGGGGCCGCUCCUCCCGCUAGGGGGCGCUUCUGUCGAACCUGUAACGAUGGAGCCGCUGUCACAGUGCGCGGACGGGGGGGUCUGGCUGGCGGCUCCUCCUCGCUGUCACUGCUCAGCACCAUCACAUCGCCGCACCGGGGCCCGCGGGCCAGGAAGGGGACAGCGGGCAGGUGAUCGGGGUCGCUGAGAUCGGCCGAGGAAUCCAUCAAUGGAUCGCAGCGGGAUCGCGUUCAAAACUGGCGACCGGAAACAGAACUCUUUUUUUUUUUGUCCGUGUGUGUGUCUGUGUGUGUGUGUGUGUGUGUGUGUGAGUGUGAGUGAAGGGAAGUGACGUCACGUCAGUGCUAGGAGUUCGCAAUGUCGCUUUGCUGCAGCGUGAGCCACCGGGCGCUCGGUGAGUGAUUUCAGGGUCAUUUGGUAGAAGAGGGCCCUGUGUUUAGUUGCUGGGGUUAUUAAAGGCUGUUCCUUACUGGGCAGGGUAAAAUGCACAGUGAAAAAAAAAUAAAUAAAUAAAAAUCUGAAUGCUGUGAUUGCUCCUGUAAAGUCCUGGGUGAACUUAAAAUUAAAAAAAUUGAAUUAAAAUAAAUAACAAUUUGUGAGUGUUUGAUAAAAUGUGUGUCUCUGUCAGUGAGUAUGUGUUUGCCUGUAUGUGUCAAAUCACCGUGUGUGUCUGUUAGUGAGUAUGUCUGCCAGUGUUUGUGUUUGUCAAUGAGUUUGUCAAUGAGUUUGGGUCAUAUCAGUGUGUGUCUGUUAGUGAGUAUGUCUGUUAAUGAGUAUGUCUGCCAGUGUGUGUGUUUGUCAAUGAGUUUGUCAAUGAGUUUGGGUCAUAUCAGUGUGUGUCUGUUAGUGAGUAUGUCUGUUAGUGUGUGUUUGCCAAUAAGUGUGUGUCUGUUUAGGUCCAACAAAGGAAUGGGGCUUAAAUGUGUUCCCCAAUUUUUGAAGAGAUAAAUCAUUGAUCAAGCAAUAGGAAACUGCUCUCAAGAAAUUUGAUUAGUGUCCCUGUAGUCAUUUCCCAUUUGCAUGGUGCUUCCCAGAAUUCAUUUUGUUACAUAUCAAAGCAAAAGAUUGAGUUACUGAAGUAAUUUUAAAUAGACACUAUAGACCUCAUAACCACUACAGCUCAGUGUAGAUUUAUUUAAAACACUAUAGUGCCCUGAGGGUGCCCCCACCCGCCCGGCUCUGGAAGUGGGAAAGGGGUAAAAACUUACCUUUUUCCAGCGCUGGGCGGAGAGCUCUCCUCCUCCUCUCCGCCUCCGUUACGCCCCGCCGGCUGAAUGCGCACACGCGGCAAGAGCUGCGCGUGCAUUCAGCCGGUCUCAUAGGAAAGCAUUACAAUGCUUUCCUAUGGACGCUGGCGUGCUCUCACUGUGAUUUUCACAGUGAGAAGCACGCAAGCGCCUCUAGUGGCUGUCAAUGAGACAGCCACUAGAGGAUUAGGGGGAAGGCUUAACCCAUUCAUAAUUAUAGCAGUUUCUCUGAAACUGCUAUAAUUAUGAAAAAAUGGGUUAACCCUAUAAGGACCUGGCACCCAGACCACUUAAUUAAGCUAAAGUGGUCUGGGUGCCUAGAGUGGUCCUUUAAGGCAUACAGCCUUUCCCUGCAGGCUGAUCAUUGUAAAACACUGCCUUUUCAGAGUAACUCCCCAAGCCUAGCAAACAUGCAUUUCAGCUGGUUUGAUCUUCCUUUUAAUCUUUAUUCGUUGAAUAAGACUUUGCAGGUAAAUCCCAAACGUUUCAUUGGGCGCAGAGUAAAAGGAAUUUGAUUUGUUCAAACUAGCUCUCUUCUGUCUAGUGAUAAUCCUACUCUCCAGCAUGACAAAUACAAUGCAUUAACUGUAUUAACCAUGAUAUUCCUGUAACAAGCACUUCAUUCUGGUGCCAGUGAGUCCAAGCAGGGUCAAUCUCCCUCCCCCCUGUAAGUAAUCGAGGGGAAUUGACCCUCAAGCCAUUUUAGAGCAGUUUGACUGGGGUCUGCCGUAGUCUCCUCCAUUGCAACCUAGAAAGAGACCCAAGCUCCCUGUUUGUGCUAAGCCCUGUGGUUCAGUUUUUAGCACACUGAUUGAGAGCGACCAACUGAUGCUCUCAGACAGUGAGCGAGUCCUGCAGUACAGGACUGUGCUCGGGUGAACUAAAGGAAACUCCUAAGCAGAAUUCAGGCUCUCUCUCUGCUAUUGGGAAGUUUAAAUGCAGCACCUGGCAGACUCUCUUUUCCUAUAGGGGGGGGGGGGGCAGCUCUAGGCCAACUAAUGACGUCCCAUUGACGCAACUAGAGACGCAGUGGUGCCUUUGGCAAAAGAGAGGGUAAUCUGUGUAUGUGCACUAUUUAAUAGCUUAUUGCUUCACAUACAGACUUCAGGCUCCAUGAUGUCUUCUAAUCAUUGAAAUGGUUAUGGUGCUAGGAGUAAAUCUUGCAUGUUAUGGCAGUUGUUUAUAUAGAUGUUUCUGAAAAUCAGACUGUGAUGGUGUUUAAACUGAUUUUCUGUGCAGCUUCUUGUGUGAAAGUUCAAAGGACUAAAUUUAGAAUUAACAAUAUAAUUAAAAAUAAAUUUAUCCGGUAGGGAUCCUGUUAACCAACUUUUGUUGUUGUGAUGUUGGUGAACAUAAUACCAAUUCCUCUUUCCUCCUUAGUUUCCCCGGUUUCUGUGUUGUCAAUCCUGGUCAGAGGAGCAUCAAAGAAAGCUGGAGGCAGCACCAAAAAUCGUGGUGGGAAGAGUCCAGGAAAAAGAUAUGGCUUCAAGAAGCUGGAUGGUAAGAUAUUGUUGCUAUUAUGGAGGCCAAGACGCUGUUCACUCUGUGGCUGAGCCAGCUUCCUUGGCUGAUGUAAUUGAGAUCGAUGGUCUCAGCCAAUCCAAUGCUUUCCCAUAGGAAACGCAGCUCUGCACCAAUCAGGUGGUAAAGUUGUACUUUAUAUUUGGUUGAAAGCACCUCUAGAGGCUGUCUGAGUUUCAGCCACUAGAGGCAAUUAAACCCUGCAGUGUAACAUUGCCCUUUCUGCAGAAUGGCAUUGAAUAACACUGCAGAGACAUAAUUACAGGGACAUGACACCCAUGGCUACAUUGAGAUGAAGUAGUCUUGGCCUAUAGUUUCCCUUUAAUAAAGCAGUGUCCUUUUUUUGUAGAGAUCAUACUCCUGCAGUGUCAGUUGCUCAAUUCUCCACUAGAGGAGCUUCCUGCAGUUUCAUAGAGUUUCUCACUCUGUCCAUGGGGACGUCCAGCGUCUUAAAUUCCCCCAUAGUAAAGCAUUGAUUAAAUUAUUUUCUAUGGGGAAGGCCUAAUGCAUGUGCCACGCAUGUGCAUUAGGUUCCCCCUCGGUACUAACAUUAGAGGAGAUGACGCUAGCAGAGAGGCACAUUGGUGCUGGAAUAAGCCGAUUGUAAAAAGAGUUUUUAACCCUUUAUUUGCUUGGGGGGGAGGGGAGAUUGUCAUUAAUCUGUAAUCACCAUGAUAUACAUGUGGCUGUAAUUAUAGACUAGAGUAGUUAUAGUAUUUUUUUAAUAAUAAUAUUUCAAUUUCAACUGAUUGAGGAUCAGCAGGUGAAUAGGGUGUUCACUAGUGAUGCCCCGAACGGUUCGCCGUGGACUCAUCAUUGAGUAAACCCAUCAUUGAGGUGGGAGGUUCUGGGAGGGAGGGUCUGCUGCUGAUUGGCUGGAAUGUGUCUGCUGACUGUGAGGUACAGGGUCAAAGUUUACUCGAUGAGUCCGUGGCGAACCGUCCGCGGCGAACCGUUCGGGACAUCACUAGUGUUCACUAUUUUAUUGGCUAUAGAAUGUCAGCCAAAUGCAGAGUGCCUUUUUUUUUGUACCUCUUUAGGUUUCCCAUUAAAGAGAGACCUUUGCAAUUUAGGUUCCCUUUGUGAGCAGCAGGAGUACACUAUUCCGGAGCCUGGAAUGUAGACCAAAGGUGAAGGUGGCUGUGUUGUCAGGGGGCCAGAAGGGGCAAUAACAUGGAAUAUUAUAAAUUAAUAUUCCUAUACUGGAAAUUUCACAAAUUGAUUUCAUGUAUUGGUAUGUUAUCAUUGUAAUGUUAACAUACUUUUUCUGGGUUUCUUUACUUUAAUCAGAAUUUCACACGCCCAUAUGUGAUUUUACAUGGCUAAUAAUCCAAGAUACGCUUCUCUCUCUCAAGCGUACUGAUUUUCCAUUAUUGUAUAGUACAUACGCAGGAUAAAAGAAGCUAAGGGGUCACUUCUUUAGUGUUUCAAAAUGUCCUUCUUGAUCUCCAUCCUGAUUAAUUUGUUUGCUUUGGUUUUCAGGGGACUUUGUUCAUGCUGGAAACAUUCUUGCUACACAGCGUGUAAUGCGUUGGCACCCAGGAUCCCAGGUGGGUGAGAACAUCAGUUAAAAAACUGUUUCCAUGUUGUAUUUCAUAUCACCAACCCAACAACGUUUUAGACAAUAGGGAAGAUAUUUCGCUACUUAAAGUUGCUUCUCUCUGCUCUAUAGUUUUGAAUGACACAAAAUAUAUUUGAUGUGUUCUCGAUGGCUGUCUUCCAGGUGGGAAUAGGCCGUAACAAAACACUGUUUGCGUUAGAAGAUGGUAUUGUGCGUUACACGAAGGAAGUCUACGCAACAUCGCCUCACAGCUCUGAGAGUACCGAUAUCAUUUCCCAACUGCCUGUUGGAGCAGUCUUAUUUAAAACAUUCAUCAAUGUCGUUCCUGUGCACAGAGAAAAUAGUUUCCGACUUGUAAAAAUGAUGUGAAGAAUUAUUAUUAUGUAUAUAUAGCAGUUUAUUAAAGCCAUAUAAUAUUCUUGUUAUAUCUGGUCUUUGUACCUUCAUUAUUGUAUGAUAUUGUCACUUUACUUUUCUUAUGCUUGUCACUAGUAAAACAAAUUAAAUUAUGUGUCUGUGAUUUAACUCUUUGAGUAUCACCACACUUUUUUUUUAAAUUUUGUGCAUGAAAACUGAACCAAUUUUGAGCAUUUUGCAAGUUUUGCUGUAAGUCAUAUUAAUUUAAAGGAAAACUAUAGUAUUAGGAAUACAAAACUGCAUUCUAAACACUAUACUGUUCUCUGCCCCCUCUCGAAAAACGAGUUACCUGCGCACUCGCCUAAAUCCCUAUGCAUUUUUAAAUAAAUGGAGGUUAUUUAGUAACUCCACUGGUUAUUAGAUGCAUGUCCACCUGCCACGUAAAGGCAAACCUCUUACCAGACGGCAACAGGACCCUUUAGUCUGCUUGAAAGCCUUGGAAUCUAAACGAGGUUAAAGCAGCACUGUCGUGCUGAAUUUAUCUUACUCCUAUUGUUUCCUUUCCUCUUCCUCUCUUGGAAUCUGUUAUUCUUUUUUUCAUUUCUGAUCUAGUUUUCUGUAAAACAUAAGACAAAGUAGGGACUACUUCAUCGUAUGUAUUUUUCUUAUGCUAGACCUUCUUUGACCAAAGGACAAGUUAAAAUCUGCUCUAUCUCCUGUGCCCAAAGAAAUUUCCCCACAAUACUCACCGUCCUAUGUGUUCAUCAUGCCUCCUUUUACUGUUCCUGAAUGUCAUUCUGUCAUUUAGACUAGGGCGCUGGCAAAUUAACCAAAUUUUAUCCUACCAGAAUGAGUAUAGUUUGCCCAUUAAAGGACCACUAUAGUGCCAGGAAAACAUACUUGUUUUCCUGGCACUAUAGUGCCCUGAGGGUGCCCCCACCCUCAGGAUCCCCCUCCCGCCCGGCUCUGGAAGGGUGAAAGGGGUAAAAACUUACCGUAUAUACUCGAGUAUAAGCCGACCCGAAUAUAAGCCGAGGCCCCUAAUUUUACCCAAAAAAACUGGGAAAACUUAUUGACUCGAGUAUAAGACUAGGGUGGGAAAUGCAGCAGCUACUGGUAAAUUUCUAAAUAAAA